AUGGACAAAGAUAACAACAACAACAAAAAGGAAUUUGAUGAACAGGCAGUAUCAAUCACUCCUUCUACCCUGGUAACAUUAUCUUCACCAACAAAAACUGAUGGUAAAGCCGAAAGACGAAAAAAAUUUAGGUCAUGGCGUGUACAAUCCAAUAGUGACGAUGGUGCCGUAGCAUCCCUUAAUGAAGCAUGGAAUUUUACUGGUGGAAGAAUAAAAAAAUUGGAAAAUGCCAAAUUUCUUCAAGCCAAUAUCUUAGAUGGAUUACCAUUCUUAGAUGAUACAUUUGAUUUCGUUAAUAUGAGAUUAUUAAUUACAGCAUUUACGAUUACUGAAUGGGAACAAAAGGUUAUUCCGGAACUAAUAAGAGUUACGAGAGGUGGUGGUUGGAUAGAAUUUAUGGAAAGUGAUAUUCAAUAUCAUAAUCAAGGACCUACUACGGAGAAAUUAACCAAUGCAGUAAAGACAUUUAUGAAAUCGAAAGGAAUUAUAUCACCAAUAGAUAUACAUACAACUCAAUCAAUGGAAGCCAAUGAUAAAUUUGUUACGGGGAUUCAAACAAAAGAGAUGUCAUGUUUUGUUGGUCAUUGGGCUCGUGAACUUGGACAAUUUGCUGUGGAUGAUAUUAAUAAAGGAUGGAAUGCUAUAAGAACACCGAUGUCAACUUUAAUGAAAGUAAAAUCACAUGAAUAUGAUGAAAUAGUAGCAACAUUCGCAAAAGAAGUGGAACAAUAUAAAACAUAUUUCAAGACAUGGCGAUUCUAUG